CAUACAUCUAGCUUAAAGUCUGAUAUUAUCUGCUCUAGCUGUACAUCUACUCAAUCGUUGUACAUAAUCAGUGUACGACAGGGCUUUUAAUAAAAGUGAACUAGCUAAAUUCAACGUUUUUUAAAGUACAAGAACAUCAAUGUUAAUUGUUCAAUAAUGGAACAAUAGAAGUACACUGGGUUUAGGGAAAGUACAAAAGUAGUAUAUUACAUAUUUAACAAUAAACAAAUAAAUUGUGAAACAUGAUGUUGAAUAGUAAAGUGAAGCAUACACUGCACUGUAUAUGUGUAGUAUCAUGGUUAUCCUUUUUUUCUUGGGCAACUGAAGGAAUCAGGUUUUCUCCUACCCCUGUGGAUAAUAUUGACCCCUGGAUCGAAUAUGGAACCAUUAUAACAGUAUUAAUUAUAUUUUUAAGAUUAUUGUCUUUCCUCGCCCUACCACAGACACUGUUUAACCUCGUUGGGCUUGUCAGUUUGAACGCUUUUCGGGGUAAGGAUAAACUUCAAUCUAGUCCGCUUCUUGCUCCCUUCAUUUGUGUGAGGGUUGUAACACGAGGCCUGUAUCCUAAUCUUGUGAAGAAAACUGUAAAAACUAAUAUUAAUACUCUUCUGGAUGCUGGCAUUGAAAACUUCGUUCUUCAGGUGGUUACAGAUAAGAGUAUAGGUUUACCGCAGGAUAAAAGAACAAUCGAAACUGUAGUUCCAACUUCAUAUAAAACUAAAUCAGGGGCCCUAAACAAAGCCAGAGCCCUUCAGUAUUGUUUAGAAGAUGAUGUGAGUGUGCUGGGUGAAGAGGAUUGGAUUGUUCACCUCGAUGAGGAAACCCUGCUCACUGAGGGCUCUGUUAGAGGGAUUUUAAACUUUAUAACUGAUGGAACUCACAGCUUUGGUCAAGGUCUCAUCACCUACGCCAACAACCCCGUCAAGUUCAAAAGUUUCAGCAAAUUUUUCCAGAAUCGAAUUUGUACUGUAGCUGACAGCUUUAGAGUUGCGGAUGAUAUGGGAAAACUAAGAUGUCAGCUGACAUACUUUAACAAACCUCUGUUUGGCUGGAAGGGAUCUUACGCUGGAGCUGAAAAAAAGGUUUCCUUUGACUGGGGUCCAGACGGAUCCAAAGCAGAGGAUUGUUUCUUCGGGAUUGUUGCAUUGGAUCAGGGUUACUCAUUCGGAUUCAUUCAGGGUGAGAUGCAGGAAAAAAGUCCUUUUACAUUUCAGGAUUUGUUUAAGCAGAGGAAACGCUGGAUGCAGCUACUAAGAUAUUUUUUACCCCAUUAUCUCUUUUUUCUAGCCUCCUGGUUGACGAUGCCGUUGACAACCUCUAAUGUUGUUCUGACCCAGAUAUACCCAAUGUCUGUUAGUCCAACAAUUGAUUUUCUUCUCAGUUUGAUUGGAGGAGUACCGCUGUACAUGUACAUGUUUGGGUACAUAAAACAGUUUCCCAUCCAUCGGUACAGCUGGUUUAGAUCUGUACUGUCUGUGAUAGAGAUAGCGUUAGCCUCGGUACUCAGUAUAAUAGUUGAGAAUCUAGCAGUAAUCUGCAUGUGGGGAGGAGACUGGUAUGAUUUCUAUAUUGUAGAGAAGGAUAAUGAAUCUGAACAAACCUCCCAGAAUAUUGUGUAAAUCCUCGAAAACAAUUUUACCGCGAAAUUAGUCCCUACACUGGUGACUGUACACUUGUACGUGAACAGCCAAACCAAACUCAAGCGCGUUAACAUCAAGCCAAAGAAAAAUUAAAAUCCUAAAUUAAACCAACGAUGCUUAAUUUCAGAACAGACACUACUCUGGUGUUUAAACUUGAAUAUUUUUCCUAAACGUUAUUUAGUUAUUUCUAGUCAAUAAACAAACGUUUCGAGAAAUUAAUGAUCUCUACGGUAAGACUCCUAAUUUAUUUCAUCUUCUGCGUUAGAAAACUUAUAUUGUAUAAUGAGUGCAUUUUAGGAAUUCUUUAGGCACUUCGCGUUUUAUGUGAAGUAUUAUUUGGCCAUUUCUGUAACACUUGGUACUUUGUUCAGUACUAUUCUACGUACUUUAGGAUAGUGUACACUGUACAAUGUUUAUACAGGGUUGCCCGUAAAGGAUGAGACUUUCAUGACUACCUUAAACUAAAAGUAUCCUAGUUUAAAGACUGAAAUUGGUUGCAUGGCUUUGAUAAUCUAGCCUGGUUUUAUCAUAUCAAAUUAAUUAACAAAGAAAGUCUCACAUUUUGUGGGUAACCCUGAACAGUGUACAUAUUAACAUUGACAUUAUUAAAGGCCUAGAAAUAUUUAACCUCGCAACUUAUUUCGCACAAAUUUUGCACAAUUUUAUAAUGUAUUGUUAAUUUUAGUUAUUUUUUGCAUUUGUUGUAAUUUAUUUGUAUUUAUCGUUAAUUUAUUCGAAUAAAGUAUUAAAUUAGGUAAAAA